CAUAAAAAUAAACAUUGAAUAUAUCAUUUAAUGCUGUUACUAAAUACAAAAAAAACCUUGCUAUCAUACUAUCAUAUCAUUAGUCUCUUCUUGAAACAAUAUUUAUGUAGCCACGUAAGGUCAUGCACCACCACCCAAACCCCAUAGAUCGACUCAUCAUCUUGCCAUUACUAGCCAGCUUGUUGGCCAUGGUCCAUCUAUAUAUAAACAUCAUUCGGGUUUAAGUACUCGUGCACGGGUUAUUUUUGAAUUAUUAUUGCAGGUUGCAAAUUAAAGAAAUGCAUGCAUUGUGUACCAAUUUGUUAAUAGGCAAAGGGAAUUGUAAAGGAAGAAGGACGGAUGUGAUUCAUAAUGAGGAAAGACCCAUCAUGUAUAGAAUUCGUACUCGGCGAAGGAGCUUGGAAGAUGAUGAUGAAGAACUCAGGCAACACCACUCUAGAAAAUGGUUUUACGUACUAGAGAUCGGGGACCCGUCAAGGGAUGUCAUCGAGAGGAUCUUCAGAGCGACAGCAACAGACACCACAAGAAGUUCUAUCAACAUAGAGCAAGUCCUUAAGCUGAAUAACUCAAGGGAAACUCUAGAAAGAUUUGAAAGUUUCAGAGAGUGUGUCAAAAACAAAGCUAAUAAUUAUGAGCAUUGUUUCAAGAAUCCAAGAAACAUGGUGGAUGGAAACGAGCAGUUACUGUUCUACGGUACAAAAUUUACCUAUUGCAAGCGUUUCAGAACAUCCAAGAUUUGUAAAGACUCCGAUUGCAGCAUCUGCAACAUAAUAAAAUCAGGUUUUUACACUGCAAAGAAGAAAACAGGAAUGUGGUUGACAACAAGUUGCCAAGAUUUUAUCAAUGCUAAUGCAGAUGCGAAUGCUGAGACGAUGAAUGUAAAAAUGGCUGUCAUAGUUUGUCGCGUAAUUACUGGAAGAGUUAUUGAUUUGCUGAAUAGUAACUACGAAGGUGACUUUGACUCUAUCGGAGGAGUAAACUCAAACCAAUUGUUUGUAAAAAAUCCAUGUGCAGUUUUACCUUGCUUUAUUAUAACUUUGAACUGCAGAUAUUUCUGCUAACAAUUUUUGUGUAUGAAACUUGUAGAGGUUUUGGAAGAAAUAAACAACGUGUGUAUUUACAUAA